AGUGGAAGUCAACCAUGUUUGGAGUUUUAUUCUUGAAGAAAACGGGGUCUCUGGUCCAAACCUGGUCAAGGUAUUUACACUUAACUUUGGAAGACAGACAACGAGUCUCUGUUUGGUAAGUUUUGGCAAAUUUCAAAAUAUUCAUGUUAAAAUUAAGUUGAUAAAGUCGAGAAGAAACUGUUGGUCUGGUCGUCCCUGGGUUGGAUUUAACUGACCUGAACCGAAGUCCCGCCUACAGAGACUCUGACUGAUCUCCAUUUCGUUGCGGACACUCGGACAACGGAUCCCGUACGGGGUGAGCCGCACCCGCCCUGGGAUACUCUGUUUCCCUUACUUUUCUGCCUUCUCCGGGACCAGUUUUUUCUUCCCCCUCUGUAAAUAUGAGUGCAGCGAUGGUGGAGGGCUGCUUUCUGUCCGCGCUGCAGCCCAAUUCCUCCUACACCGCCUAUGUUGUUCCCUCGGACGGCCCGUCUCAGGACCCGUUGGCCAAGGCCAGGAGGGUCCAACAGCAGGUCCGUAUGCGGCUGGCAGAGAAGAGGUCCAACUCCAUGCCCAGACUGAAUGACUCGGUCGGAUCAACAGGUGAGCCACAGUGCGUAUAUAACGGUGAUCCUCAUACGUGUUGUGUGAGGAAUGACAACGGGGGGAAAUCCAGGCUAGGGUCCGACAGAUCCGAUGCAUUAAACAAGUAAGAUCGUAGAAAGUAGGCCAAAGUCCUCAAAACUAGAUAGACUAAAACCCCCUAAACUAAACCCCCCUGGAUGAUCAUUUAGGACAGGUUUAGGAGUUUAUGAACACGGGUCCAAAAUCUCUCGGUCAGCCAGUCUGGAGAAACGGUACCGUUUAGAAACUGUACAAGUGCUUCUGCGACUUUAUCACAGCCCCGGGGCCCUUUUACAAUAAAUGCUUUCACAGUUAUUCUGCUCAACAUCAUCAUGUCUUUAGAUCAUCAGAACAAAGAAACUUAGAUAAGACAAAAAAAUAAGGACUGAACCACAAAGACUGGACCAGUCUCUAUAAAUCAACCUGUCUAAUUUUCAAUCAUCACGGAUGUCACGUUUCAGCCAGUUUAAGAGAAGUAUUGCAGUAUUAUGCUCUGUUAAAACAGGAAAAUUAAUCUCACCUAUGUUGUUAUGAAUUUGAGUUGUUAUGCAAUCAGGAGAGGAAGUCAGCCAAAAUUCAGGAAACAGAUGACGUCAAACUGUGAAAUUCCUGUCCAUCAUUAUUUUGGUUGUUUGAAAACUUUGGUUAAAGCUGCAAAGACUCACUGAUGAACUAAACCCAGACUCAUGAAGAGGCCUGAGGCAGCAGCAGGUUCAGCCUUAGUGCAUUAAUAAAUGCUAAUUGAAUGCAAGUUAAACUACUGAGAAAUACACAUGUUAAUAAAUGUGUACCAUUCAAUGGAGUAAAAUAUAUGAAACUUUAUCAAAAAUAUGCUAACAAGAGCCGGAGAUGGUUUAUCACUGUGUGACUCACAUGCUAUCAUUGUUAUCUUACUGGGCUUUUUUUUGAGUCAUUUCCUGUUUUUGCGUCUGGCUUUGUUAGGGAGUGAUGUGAUCCAAAGGUUGUUCACUUAGCACUGAUUGAAAUAAAGGGUUAUUUAAGGGCACACAUUAGACACCCUCUCUCUUCCCCUGUCUUUUCUCUUACCUCUCUUUUAGAGUUUAAGGUUUAACUUGUUUACCUAAGCGUUUCAUUACCUCUCCUCUCCUGCAGCUAUAGCAUAGUAAGUGUUAGUUGAAUUAUUACGCAAAAAAACUAUUAGCUUAAACUUAACAUGAAGUUCAGACUUAAAAAACAUCCCAAGAGAGAGUUUUAUAUUCCACAAGACUGAUAAAAUCUCUGAGUUACGAUGUAUUAAUCAAUCGAUAGCAACUGACAGACAUCAACAAUAACAAUUUAUACAGAUGUGCAGCUGGAAGAAUUGCAUGCUGUCUGCAGGUGCAGGAGGUCACCCUGUUAAUAGACUUGUUUAAUUUUCCCAACAGUGAAAGUCAACAGGUCUAACAUUAGCAAUUAUUAUUAGUAUUAUUAGGCAGGUGUGUGAAACAUGCAUAUAUUUUAAAUGAAUUAUUAAAUAAGUGGAGAAUGAGGUUUGUAGGGAAAAGACCUUUGUCCAGCAGAUCAUGUCCUAUUUUAAGUGCAUAGCCAAUGCAAAACAUUCAGCAGUUGUAGUGUGUGUGUGUGUGUGUGUGUGUGCGCGCGCACGUACGGAGGGGGUAUUUAAGGCUGCAGCUCCAGGGUAGAGUCUGUGCUCUGGACUCUUCCCUGCAUAUUUGUGCGAUUCUUUAUCUCUGACCUGAGGGCAGGUAGCAUUUCUGAGAAAAGAAUGGUGUCAUCUGCUUUAGGCAUGUAUCUGACCUCAGUGUCUGACAGGAGGAGGCCUGUAGCUGCUCUGCCAGUUCAUGGAUGUGAAGGUUGAAUAAGGUGGAGCUUACUCAGCAGCCCUGCCUUACACCACAUUUCGAUUGAUUGAUUUUUAGUUAUGAACAGGAAAUGAAGAAGCAAAACACCAUACAAAAGAAAAAUAAAAGUGACAGUACAGAAAACAUAAAGCAUAGUUCAACACAGGAUUGUCAAACACCUGGUUAUUUUACAUACAAGUGCUAAAAGGACUAGAAAGAAGUACAAACUUAUUUACCACAGCUUUGCUCCAACACUCACUUUUUAUCAUUCAGCUUCCCUCUAGAUGAACCAACUUCAAAACCAUUUCUUUACUCUUAUACUGUAUUUAUACCAUUAAAAAAAAUGACAAAAGACAUGAAUUCUGCUUUUAUAGAUGAUGACAAGUUUUUUCUGUUUUUCCAAUAGUUGCAUAAUAUUUAGUUUAUAUUGUGUAAUCAUGAUUCCAAACCUGCAUUUUUAUUUACAAAACAUAAACUAUUGUGUAGGGCUGAGCUGAAACAGUUUUAAUUUUGUGGUAAUUUUAUGGUCUGACAAACAACCCACUGUUGUUGGCACUCGUCACGAACAAUUUCUUAAAGAUAUCUUGAACAAAAAAUGAUGCACAUAUUUUGAACGGUCUCUGGGAUUCGGCUCAAAAGGUAAGAGGAUAACAUUUCCUGCUGCCACUAGGGGGCACUAUAAUCGGGAUGAAACAUUUCCAUGUGUUCAGGUCUUAAUCCCAAUAGUUACGAGUUUGGGUCAGAUUGGAGCAUGCAUGAUUAAGAAAACAUCUUCCAACAUCCAAAAAGUGAACUCUGAGGGCUGUCUUUGGCCACAGCCUUUUACUUUGGCAAGUUUUUCAUUGUUCAGGUCUUGUCUACCAGUAAACCAAUUUUGUCAAUGUAUCUAACUUCCUGUUGACAUGUCAUCACAACUCCAGGCCCCUUUUUUGAGUCUCAGGAUAUGUGUGUGAAAAAUCCUCUGGCUACAUGAAACUGGGAGGGGCUGUUCUCAAAAACUUUUUGGGGCACUAUUUAGCUAAUUCCUCUUUUUGGCAGGCUCAUUCAAAGUCUCAUGAUUUCUUUUGUAACACAUUCAGGCCUCAGAAUUUGGAGAAAAGACAAAAUAAUAAUCAGAAUAGUUAUUUAAUGAAUCCAAGUUAGGUCCUCUACAACCUGGUGUUUGGAGUGACUUUGCAGAGUGAAGCAUUGAAUUUGAAUGAAGUUGGUGUUUAACUGGAUGACAGCUUGGUCAAUAAGAGAAAAAAUCUUCCAAAACCAAAUUUAAAAUACCACAUUUAUUUUCAGAAGACUAAACAUAACACAAUUCAGUAAUUUCAUGUCCAUGUUUUUUUAAGUUUAAAAGAAAAUGUAGCACCAUCUACCAGCUUACCUACUCUACCUACGUCCUAUUGACGUUUGUUAUUCUUAUUUAUACUUCUUUUUGUUUGCCGGUCUUUUAUUCCUCUUACCGAUAUCCUCUGUUAUUAACCUUGUGUUUGUUUUCUCUUAUUUUUGUCUAGACUGCAGCAUUCCUGAGUUUAAGAGUUCAAGACAUAUCCACGGUUUCACUUCCAGAUCCCUGAUACACACACCGCACCGUGUCAUGGCCGUGAGUAUCUACCCUCAGUCCUGCAGAAGUAUAUAAUUCAGUCAAGACGAUAUUUCAAACAGUACUGUAGUAAGGUGUGGGUCUUUGAAGUAAACAUCACAGAUUUGGGACACAUUCAGUGUUGCUGAGUAGUGAGCCGUAAACAGCAAGUUUAAGUUUUAAAAUCAAGAUUGGUUCUAGAUAAGAAGGGUUAGAAAAAAAAUGAAGCUGUAAAAUAGACAAAAACUAUAAAAGCUGUGGAGAAGCUAAUACUGGCUAACUUGUCAUUAUGUUUAUAUGGAGCGGUAUACGUUAAAGAGCGAAAGGCAACACUGUAUUCAGUGUAAAGACAGAUAAAAUACAAAAGAAUGAAGAUGAUGCAGAGGCAGACAAAGAUGAUGUUAUUAAGGUUUCAGCUGACAUUGCCAUUACAAACAUUCAAACUUAUGUUGGUAACUGCUGUCAGGAAAGAGACCAGAGCACAGGACAGUAAUGUUCCACAGACGUACUGAGGCAGGGGGAGUGACGUCCAAAAAAAAAAACUCACCUUCAGAUGGGGAAAGAGAGGUUUUACUCUCACUCAAUAAAAAAUUCUUUGAUGUCCCGUCGAACGCAAGCAGCAUGAGAAUCCAGACAGUCUGGAUUAUUUUAGUUUUCAUCAGAAAGCUUGGUCUGCAUGGUGUAGCAAAGUUUCAUUUUGACAUGAUCUUUCAACAAAAAAUGUAAAACUGCUCCAGCUCAGCUGUACAUGAACUUAUCAGCAGAAUAUCCCCUGAGCUUGUCAGGGUCCCAGCCUGAAUAAAUUCAUCUUUAUUAUUUUUCAAAUUUGUCAAAUCCUAUCUGAAUGAUUGAAUUCCCCUGAAUGCUCCUCUGGCAAGUCCUGAAUGAUCCCGUAGCUCCUCCGAAAGACCAUAUUGAAGGGAUAUUCCGGCGUAAAAUUAAUUUAGGGUCAAACACAAUGCAACACUGAGUUAGACACCCCCCCAGGGAUGAAUGUUGUUGACUGCUUACUUCUCUAGUGAUACCAACUUUAAUAACGGCCGCACGAUAGCAAUACAGAGCGGUCUGAGGAGCCAUGAACAAACCUCAACCAAAACAUCACUCUAUAGCCACAAAUAAUGCUCAGAACAGCACCUAACUUCAUCAACAGUACAUAUAGGGUCCCAGCCAUAGUACUAGCCACCAAACCUCUUUUGACACUUCCACUGUCUUGUGUAACAUUUGUUUUACUUUCUUUAACUCCACUCCCCACUAUCCAGAAGACACUUAAUCAUCAGUAUUUCUCUUGUAUUUCUUGACUUCUCUUUCCAUCAGAUGUCUACAUCAUUUAAGCUAAUGUGUCUUUUUUUUCUUUUCUCCAAUGACCCUGCAGGUGUCCACUUUAAGCCCUCAUUCAUCCGGUUUCUCGUCUUCUUCAGCUGUGGAAACCAACUCUCAUGUAAGACGUAAAGGAACCAGUGUGAUUCAAUGUGACGUCCAGACUUCCCAGUCACACAGCAGAAGCAGACGCUCUAAGUCGCUGUGCCAGGCAGACAUGAGAGCUUUUCCCCCGGCUGUGUUGGUUACUUCAGAGAUGGUCUCUGCAAACCCUCCUGGCACCCUAAUAAGGAGCCUCAGUGGGACACUAGCCAAAGAAGAGAUUCCUUAUCAGUACAUUUACAAAGGCCCCUCCCAUCGCACCAUCAGCCGAAUUACCAACCGACAGCAGCACUUCCAACAGCAGGCUUCUACCGCUGGCCAUGAAGGUUGGGUGGGAACCAGUCGCAGGGCCCCCAUGGUAACUGGGCAAUACCAAGCAAACCUCCACAGGGCUGCCUCACUCCACAGUGUCAAGAGUGUCGGGAAAGGAUUGGAUAACUUGGAUGGAUUGUCAUCACAAAGCAAUGAUCCACUUGAUGAGUAAGGAAAAAGUAUUUAUGGAUUUGUCUCGCUGUACUAUUGUCUUGAUCAUGUCUGUUUUCUAGCUCUUUUACGUAAUAAACCAUGUUGUUAAAAAAGAACAUGGUGGUCCCACGAAGCACAAACCAGAUGGCAUGUCCCUGCAGAACGCUGUGGUGGUGAAGAGUUAGCCUCGAGUUUUAAUAGUGUCGCUAGCAGUUGUUUACUGUUUAUUUCCUUGUGUUUCUUGGCUGAAGCCGUUUUCUUCUUCAUGUCGAUCUUCCUCUGAAGUGGCUUCUUUCAGCAAUUACACCAUCAAGAUCGGAUUCCCUCAGUCUCCUCUCCGCAGUUAAUGAUGUGUGUCUGCUAACCAGACUCUGUGAAGCAGUUAUGUGGGAGGUGCUGUUAAGGGGAACUUUUUGAGUCUGGUAACUCUAAUGAACUUAUCCUCCCAAACAGAGGGAACUCUUGGUCUCCCUAAGGGUCUUAAACACAAGGAGGGCAAGAAAAUCCCACUAAAAAAACUCUUGACAAUGCACACCUGUUAAUGAAAAACCAUUGUCUUCAUUAAGCUGGUUGAGGGAUUGAAAGCAAAAGUCUAUAACAUAAACAUAUUCUGGUUUAUUUUACACUUUUGUCCAUAGAUGUUAUUCAUCUGCAAUGUUGAAAACAAAGAUAAGGAAUAAAAAAAUCUGCCCAUACACGUACACAUACAUAGAUUUACUCACACUCAUACAUAUAGGAUCUAAUUUGUGUGCAUGUAUGUGUGUUACUGCAGGGUUCAGAGUGUGGAUAUCCCUACAGCUGUCAGAUAUCUCUCUGAGUCAGAUACUUCUUUGCAAGUAGUUGGAGCUGCGUGUAUUCAACACCAUUGUUACCACAGCAAACUCGCCAAAAAUCAGGUAAGUACAGCUUACUCUGUGUUGUCUUUGACUAAAAACACGAUACAUAUUUCUAAUUUUAUUCAUGUAUGUGUGGGGCUUUCUGUUUUAUUUUUUUGUACUUAGUAAAUGGUAAACAGACCGUAUUCACACAGCGCUUUCCAGGGUCCUCUGACUACUCAAAGGGCUUUCACAUCACAUGCCACAGUCACCCAUUCACUCCACAUCCACACAAUGAUGGCAGAAGCUGCUAUGUAAAGCACCCAUCAGUGUUAACCAAUCCCACCCACACACCACUGGGGGCGGUUUGAGGUCAGUAACUAACCAAGGACUCUUUGGCAUGUGGACAGAGGGACCUGAGGUCUGACUGGCAGACGACCAACUCGACCGCAGUCCAUUAUUUAGGAAUCACAAUGACUUAAUCUCAUCAUGUGAGUGUUUUCAGUAUCCUUUAUGUCGUGUCCCUUAUCCUCCUGUUCUUUAAGGUCCGUGCUCUGCAGGGUAUUCCGGCUUUGGUUCAGCUGUUUGCCAGUGAUAACCAAGAAGUACAGCAUUAUGCCACAGGUGCCAUGCAGAAUCUCAUCUAUGAGAAUGAUGACAACAAGUCAGCACUUGUCAAUGCAGGCGGUGUGAUGCAUCUUGUUAACAUCCUGAAUCAAACAGAUGAGGAGCUACGAAAGACUGUCACAGGUAGUCUUGGUAUUGUUUUUAGAACAACCACACCUCUGUUAAUAUGGAUGUCAGCCAUGUGGUAAUUUAAUAACAAUACUUGCUUUUUAGUUUUUAUUUGCAUAAAAUGAUUUAAUUUACAGGCAUAUCAGGACAUUAAAAACAUCGUUGUGGUUACAGGUGUGCUGUGGAAUCUGUCCUCUAAAGACAGUUUGAAGGAGAAGCUGUCCAAUGAAGCUUUAGCAGAACUUACACAGAAAGUACUGGUUCCUCUGUGCAGCACACUCCCACUGAGCGCUCCUGAGAGAGACAUCUUUAACAACACAACUGGUUGCCUUAGGUAAGUCCACACAAAACCCCUCUCAUACUGUUUUACUGUGCAGUUUGAUUUUCAGGAUUCUGUACCUGGGUGUAGAUUGUGGUGACAGACAUUCAAAAUACAAUAGAUAUAUAUCGUACAGUAAAGGAAUAAAUAAGAUUUUGCCAUAGGUGGUUAGAUAUGACAGAAGAAGAAAGUUUCAGACAUGAUGGAAAAAUAAUAUUUCUUUAGAGUGUGUCUGUCUGAUUUGCAGCAAAACUGUUUACAGCCAGAAUCAGCUUUAUUAACCAAGUACACUGUUAAAAAAAACACGACAAUCUAUUUACAAGAGUUUGUGUUCUUAAUUGGGUAAACAUGAAAAUUAAAAUAGCUAUUAUUUAACAAGAAAGUACAUGUCAGACCAACAAUGUGCACCUCAAUAGAGACCAAAUAUGUAAUUCUAAAUUAGCAGAAUUUGCAAUUUGUUGUUUGCACAACAAAGUAGGAAAAAUUCCCAUAAUGCAGUUCUGAUAUUGACCCAUGAGGACCUACGGGGUUUACCACGUUCCAUUGCAAGGGCAAGUUCUCCCUCAUAGUGUGUCACGGCAGCGCAGAGGGAGAAGAGGACUUUUUUGAGUGGACCAGCUUCAGUCCAAGUUAUUUAAGUAUUUUGUGUGAAAAUAAACUUGUCUGAACUGUAUUAAGUGUAUUAACUAAUAGAGAAUGUGGUGUUGUUCUAAUUUACCAAAUUUACUUCAGUAAAUUGGCUACUUUUUCAGUUUAGCUAACAAUGCUUGCCUAUCUGCAUUGCAUGUCUGCCGGAAAAUUAUCUUUCUGUUCCCUCACAACGUGUUUCUCAGCCACGUGUUUAUUCACACAUGUAACUGAGCAGCCGAUUUUAUCGCUAGGGCGCACGCCGCCUUCACGCUCACUGGAUGUGGAGAAAGCUGUUAACUUUAGCCAUUAGCAAGCGGCUGCUAGCCGAUGGCUAAAUGUUUAUAUUGGCAAAACUAAGAAUAAAUAGUAGUGACCAUUCACCGAACAGCGAUGAUACAACGAUGAAAUGUCACUUAUGACAAUGACCUAGCAAAUUGUCGACACAAUUAAAAAUCUUUCUGCAAAAGGUUGCCUUAAAAUUUAAGUUAUCGCAAUUCUUCUUUUUUUACAGUGUAUGUUACACACACAAGGAAUUUGGCUCUGGUAGACAAACAUUACAGAUGAAAUAUUACACAAAUAUGAAUAAGCUUAGACAUUAAACUUCUGUAUACAAGAAUGUUUCAGGCAGUAGUGUUAUGGUGAGGAGUUCAGAUUAAGGUUGAGUGAUAGUAAAAAUAUGUGCAUAUGUUGUUAUAUAACAGGUGGGUUAUAUACAUGAGGUAGAUACAGUAUUGAAAUUAAAUAUCAGAUAACGGUUUGCAGAGGUACACGUCAGAUGAGAGGAUGGUGUCUGCAGCUAUAAUGUGUGGGGAAGUUGUUAUAAAUUACAGUAGCUGUAAACAUUUAAUAGAUAAACAGUAAUUUACCGCCACAGUGAAUGUUAGCUUAGGGAUUGUUUUAGGGAGUGGUCUUUCUGGGUCUCUGAACGUUUCCUAAAGGGCCAACUUCCUGCUAAAAAUGGGAAAUAUGUGUCUGUCAUCACAUCUCUCCAGAGUUUGAAAACAGUGCGUCCAAUAUUUUCUAUUCUCGAGAAAUACACAAAGCUGUUCUCCACUCCCUUUUUGAUGGAUGCAGAAGAAGUGCGCAAGAGUCUGCAAUAAACUGGUAGAAAAGUCUGUGUGAAAGUCCUCCUACGAACCAGCAUCAGCUUCUCUCUGUCCCUGAUUUCUACUGAAACUUGGAAGAGGCCAAGUUUCGUCUUGAUGAGCCUGUCUGGCUUGAUGCACAUAUGCCAACAAAGGUCUUCUCUGGUGACCCUGAACAAAAGCAGACAGACAGCCAUAACUGUCAAACUUAAUUCCCAACCUGUCAGCAAUAAUUCAGUCCAAAGCUCAGCAUCACUCUGAGUACAUCCCUCUAAAGUACAAUAAUGCAUUCCCAAUGAGCUAAAAUACAUCCAACAGUAUUUUAUCAAGCUCAAAUAUUCAACAAGUGUAAAAUAAGUCGCUUAUUUAAAUUGUUAGUGAGCUCUAUCACUUUCUUACUUGUUAGAAAGCAGUCUCGGGUUUAAGAGUUUAAGGGACUCCAGUUUAUGGGUGAAUCACCAGUGUACUUCAAAAGAUUUUAAGCUACAUUUUAAAGUCAUGUACUGUUCCUUCCUGAGAUGGUCAUAUUUUAUAUUUCAAUAUUCAUGGAGACCUACAAAAAGGUCUCCUAGAUUCAUGUGGGAAACCAACAGGAAGUCUGGUGGUUUUAAUCUUUGGUGAACACAGGCUAAAUCUGAGCAAAAUUCUGGAGUCCCCCUAAAAUUAACCAUUCCCCGGGAAAUAAUCCAGUCCUCCUCAUCUAGAGAAACACAAAAAUAGACUUUAAAUCAAAGCUCAUGGAGCUUUUGGCUCUUAAAUUUUGACAUUUGAAAACAUUUUUGAAUUAUAUUUUUGUGAUCUGUCAAAGUACAGGCCACUAACCAUAAAACUGUGUAAUGUUUCCUUAAUUUUGUCUUGUUAAACUUACACUUUCAAUGUGAUUCUGGUGCAAGUCAGUUAUGAAGUUAAAAUAAGAUCAUUCCAGUAACAGUGUUAUUGUCACUGAAAUUUUAAACUCUGUCACAAUGUCUCUAUCGCUUUACAUACAGAAACUUGAGCUCAGUAAAUGAACGGACAAGAACCAGGAUGAGAGAUAUGCAAGGCCUGGUGGACUCCCUAGUGUCUUACAUCCAGCAUGAGGAGAGGGCAGAUGACAAGGUAAGUCUUCCCUGCACUAUCACAGAAUUUGACAUCUCAACACAAGGUUAAAAGGAGGUUUGAUUUCAAUAUCUCUGUAGUCAGUUUAGAUUGAGAAUGUUAAACAUGCAGAAUAACCUACAAUGGGUAAAAACAGGAAUGCAUGUCUAAGUAUUAUGUAUGUUUAAUAUUAUAAAAUCUGGACAUGAGAAAGGUCUUUGCAUUGACCUAACAUGUAAUUCACUCAAUGAUUUUACUCGUGCUUGGUGUAAAUGCAAAAAGGACCGUACAGUGUGGGGCACGGUCCUUUUACAAUGCAGUGUUCUACUGGCUACUCUUCACUGAAUCUAGUUUCUCUGCAGCAAAAAUAACCAACACAUAUUGUUAAUGGACAGCAACAGCUAAAGCAGAGUAGCUGCAUCAAAGUUUUUGUCAUACAUUGUAUUUAUUCUGUAGGAUAUCUUUCAUAUAAUCUUAAUGAUGAUAAUAAUAAUUUUUGAUACGAAGGUUAGCUUGAAAAUUAGCCUGGCCCGAAGCAGACUUGUUCAGUAGGAUAUGUUACCAUAGUUACUGAGCAGGGACUCAAAAAAAACUCCCUGAUAAAACAGGAUACUUGCUUGUUGGAAUAAAACCAGUCUUUUUUUCAAUCUCACCGCCUGGAAACCCUCCAGACUUUUCAAGACGAACACCCACCACAUCAUAAAGCAGCAUCCCAUGAAACGUCAGUGUUAGUACGUUUUCCAACACCUUUUAAUCCCUCAAAACAUUUUCAGAAAUGAUUUAAUCUUAAUUCACAAAGAGUUCAUCUUUGUGAAUGAAUGUAAUAAUUAAAUAAAAUUUAGGAUGUUGACUUGAAUUCAGAUAUUUUCAUGGAAAAUCAAAAAACCUCAAACAUUUACAGAUACUGGUUAUUCAGUAGUUCAUGUAUCCUUGUUAGUCAUCCCUCUAGUAUGACUGUGUACUUUAACGCCACAUUCUCUGUCAUUAUCUUUGUUUAGGGCUUGGAGAAUUCAUUAUGUGUGAUGAGGAAUCUGUCUUACCAGCUGUACAUGGAACUACCGCCUUCAGUCCGAAUCCGUCUGGAAGGUCCAAAGACAGAUCUGUACUCCAGGCACAGUAACGCCAUUGGCUGCUUUUCUCAGUAUAGCCCAAAAAAGCAAGAGGUGAAUGUCUUAAAACUACUUUAUCAUGUUUCUUGCAUGUAAGCGCCUCAUAUAGUAUGAAUGAUCAUGAGUAAUGACUCUUCAAAUUGAGAAAGACAUUAAAUCAUGGACGGGACACAGCAGUGUAACUUCAUUAUUUAAAGCCCCAAACAUGCAGAUUAGCAACAGUAUCAGACAUCUGAUGAUAAUUCAGGCUCUGAAUACUUAUGCCGGAGACAGAUGCACUGUACAUAUUCAUUUGAUUAUUUUUGUAGCUGAAUCACAUGGCCAUUUUCUGUAGGCUACUCUAUGCAGAGACAGACACAUAUUUUAUUGGGUUUUAUUUAUGUGCCACAUGUCGGAAACCUAGCACUGCAAUCAACCGCUAUUAUCGUUAUUUCUGUAGCACAAAUUCACAAAAAAUGUAAUCCCAAGACACUUCGCAAAGAAAAGUAAGUCUAGACCAGACUGCUUACAAAGACCCAAUGUGAAGAUGGGAUCAGACCAAGCCCCAUCCUGUAAGAUUGGACCCACCCUAUCCCAUCCUAUCUUCAACCACGAGUGAAACAUUUUACAGCAUUUUAAGAGUUACAGUGGAGAGGAGGAGGAACUUCCAUAACAGGCAGAAACCUUGAGUAGAACUAGACUCAUGUUAGACAGUCAUCUGCUGAGACUGAGCUGGGUUUAGAGAGGGGAGAGAGGGAGAUGGAGAAAGAGAGAGAUGGACAGAGGAGAGACUGAUGUAUGUAGUUGAAACAGCUGUAAAGCAGGUAGCACCUCAGCAGCUAAAGGUCCUCAGCAGUGAUCCAGAGAUCCAGUGAUGAUUCAAAGUUAAUGACAGAGACAGAAAGAGGAUGGAGAAGGGGGUGCUCCAUGAGUCAGUAACCCUGGCAGUCUGAACCUAUAGCAACAUAACUCAGAGCAGACCUAGACCUAAACCAGGUCUAUCAGCUUUAUCAAAGAGGAAUGUUUUUGAAAGGUAGAGAAGAUGUCAUUAUUCUCUUCGGUGCUAUCAAGGGCAUAAGUUUCCUUUUUCACAAUGUGGGUGCUGGGCUGAGGACUGUCAGGUGGGAAGUAGCAAACACACAAACAUAGACAACCUUAACGCACAUAGCAUAUACUUUACAUAUACAUUUUGGAUGUCUCAAACAUUUCUGAAGUGUAGUAAAUGUUACAUAUUUAAAAAAAGCGAAUGAGCCAAAUGUAGACAAAGCUAGGAAAAGGAAAUUUAAAGGGAUAGUCUGGCAUAAGUUUAAGUCAUGGUCAAACACACCGUAACAUUGAGUUAGACACCCCCUUGAGAGAUAAAUGUUGUUAACUGCUUACUCCUCUAGUUAUACCAACUUCAGUAACGACCGCACAAUAGCAAUACACAGCAGUCUAUGUCUCUACGCUCAACCAAAAAGCCACUCUAUAUCCACAAAUAAUGCUCAGAACAGCACCUAACUUCAUCAACAGUACAUAUAGGGUCCCAGCCAUAGAGCAAAGAGACCAAACACAACUCACCCACUCUCCUCCAGCAGCCGCUUGUUUGUGGGGGAGACCUGACGAGUCGAUCACCAAGUGCAGCGAAGUUUCGCAGCUCAAAUUAGAACAUUUAUGAUCAUUACUUCAUGCAAAUGCAAUCAGACCAAGACGCUAAGGCAGAAGAACCUCUGCGUCUGCAGAGCAAAAUGAUUACUAUGGUGAUUAUGACUUCAAGGAACUGAUUGCAAUGAUUGCAUAGAAUGAGUACAACAGGACACACAAAGACCUGAGAUUUCUCAAAUGGUUGCUUCAAUUGUCUCUCUUCCUUUUUCUUUGCAGCAUAACCCGAGUCCACAUUUCCUGUCUGAGGUGUCUCGGCAGCCUCAAGGGUCUGAGUGGCUGUGGCACCCUAAGGUUGUGGGUCUUUACAAGCUGGUUCUGCAGAACAGCAGCAGAAGCUCAUCUGUCUGUGAAGCUGCCUUAGGAGCCCUGCAAAAUAUCACAGCGGGAGAGGCCCGGGUACGAUCUCACUGGCGACACAGAAAUAUUAACCAAUCAGACAUGCUCCGUAAUUAUUUUACCUGAUUUUUCAGUAUUAUUUAUGUUAUCUUUACUAGUGGUCAUCAAUGCUGAGCUGGGUGGUAAUGGACCAGGAGAAGAUGCUGCCCAUUCUGCUCGAACUGUUAGACACCCAGAGUGACAGUGAGCUCAGACCUCUGACCGGCCUGCUGAGAAAUCUGGCCAGACACUGCUCCAACAAGGACCAAAUGGGUAUAACGUGAAUUAUCAUUGGUAGAAGUGUUGAGUGUAAAACAUUGAUGGCUCGACUAAACUUCUUUUGAAUGAAAUGACAUACCCCUCUGAGAUACUCCCUGAUUUUUACUUGCUUCAUCAAAAUUCUAUCAAAGAAAGGAAAAGCCCUGAUAAGAAGGAUUUCUUGAACAGAGACAAGGCACUGCACACACACAGAGACCACAAGUCAAGUUUUUGUUAGACUGGUUUAAUAAUCCUAAAAAACUCACAAACAAAUUAACGGAAAUACCAAGAGCUUUUUGGCUUCAAGUCCGUAUACUGGAGGAAGGAGGAACCAAGUUAUCCAUACAUACAGUAUAUACAUACAUAUAUACAGUCUAUGGCGCCAUCAUGCUGUAGGUUCCUCUGGAUCACUGCUACAGAUAUUUAGCUGCUAAGGACCUGUCUGCUUUACAGCUGCUUCAACUACAAGCAUCAGUCUCUCCAUUUUGAACUCUGUUACAAAGUUAGAACUAAAUUAUUAACGUCAGUCUCUCCAUUUUUGCAACAUUUUAAAAGACAAUAUUUUAUCAACAUUAGCUCCUCUUUUCUAACACAGCUAUAGAGCUAAUGUUUGUUUAUAGUUUUAUUCUGUUAAUUGUAAUUGUAGAUCUAUUUGACUCUCUCUGCUUUCUUUUAAUUUUUUGAGCAGUGUGUAAAAUUAGAGAGCUUCUCAGACAGUACAAAUAAGACCUGAUUAUCUAUGAACAGACUGAAAGAAAACCUUCCUAAUUUAUUUUCCUUUCAGCCAGGAACGUGGUGAAUAUUCUGGUCUCCAAGCUGCCCAGUGAUGGCCUUCAGAAAAAGCCAGCCAGUGAGGUGGUGGUUAAUAUCUGUGGAGUCCUGAAUCACCUUGUCACCUGCAGUUCCGUGGCAGCCAAUGAAAUCUCAUAUUGCAACGGCCUGCCAAAACUGGUGGGCAUCAAGACAUCCCAUGAUAACCGGUAGGACUGACUCUCUGUGUGACCCUCAAUAAUCAGGGCUUAUGAAAGCCUGAAUCCUUCUUCACCUCCCAUUAUUAUUCACCUCUGAGUCCUGCUGCCGGUAUUUUGUUAAUAUCUUUAAUCUGCCAUGUUUUAUUCACACCAGAAGUGACCAAAGAAAAAAUAGUUUCAGGGUCAUACCAUCACAUAGCCUGAAGCCCUGUGUUAACCAAAUGUCAAUCAAAGGGCCGCUGUCUUCCACUAACGCUGUUUUAUUUUAACCUUGUAAUGUUCUUGUCUUGUGAUGUCUCUUGCUGUGUCUUUGUUUAGCUAUGAGAGCCUGAAAGCUGCCAGAGCAGCCUCCACUGUCCUCUCCAACAUGUUCCAGUACAGAAAACUGCACAAAGACUACAAACUGGUGAGUCUGAUAUAUGCUGAAGCCUACUCCUAUAAAUCAGUCAUCUAUCUAUCUAUCUAUCUAUCUAGACAGUGCUUUAUCUAUAUGUAAUCUUUUAAGUGAAAGCAAUGUUUUUGAUUGCUACAAUCAGUGGAUAUGUCUCAUGAAGGUAUGAUUUAUGAUGUUUUACACCUUUUUUUUUCUUCUUAGUUUAAUUAUAAAUUAACUUUAUCAGUUCAUGAGUUCAUAGAAAACUCAUAAAAUGUAUUAAGUCCAUGAUCUACAAAUGACAGAACUUACAACACGACUCAGAGCACUUUAAAUAAAGUGACAACACUGUAAAUGGUCAUGAACAAGUAUAUGAUCCUAUUAAUGAAACAUGUAAACAGUAUUCACAUUUAGGCCUGAUGAAAACAACAGAUAUAGAUCACUUGUGGAGAUUUUUUAGCACCUGUCUGCUGUAACAAACAAUAUGUUUCACUUUUGGUGAGUAACACCCAAGUGACAGCAUCUUAAUUUGUAAGACAAGCCGGCCAUAUCCCAACAGUUCCCUCGCUAAGUUCUCAUUUUUAAUAAAAGGAAUUUGAUAUAAUUUCUUUCAUGGCGGGGCAAACAACGGGGUGAACAGGAGUAAAGGUGUCCUAAAUCACCGCACUUUUCCCACCACCUCGCUAGGUUAAGUUGUAGCAUAGAAGAACAGCACGAUUGGCCCCAUUCAUCCUGGAGGCCGACUUCAAGGAUUCAUAGCCGACCACUUCACCCACAGCCAGUCCAGCCUCCUCCACGCUGCACUGGGCUGCAGGGACCAGUUUGAUGGCAUGACAAUGAGUCAGCCUCUCAAACUCAGCCGCUGCAGCCUCGGUUACACUUCCCCAACUCUCUCCAACACACAGACACACCUCACACACCCAUCAAAAAACACCUACCUAUCCAAAAACUUAAGACAAACAAAAACACAGAAACAUAGCAAAGAAGUUGAACUCAUCACACUCUCAAACAAACCGCUCUCAGCUCUACACGCACUUUGCCAUCCGAGACAGAGAUAAUAGAAACAAUUACCUCUUAGUUCUUAUCAAGUUAUUGUUCUUAUGGUUUUGCAUUUGUGCUUAUUCACUGGUCUGUUUAUCACCCAAAUAAUUCAAAAUGAUAAUUAUUCAUUUUUGAUGUGUACAUCUAAGGACUGUGAAUCUUACAGAAUCAAAACAAAGACAACGUCACGGUGAAAACAGUUACAGAACAUCUUACUUGUGAGUGAAAAAGGUUUUAAUUUUUCCUGUCAACGUUUCAAAGCGAUGUGCUUCUUUGGUCGUGAAACAGAGACUAAAGGAAAUGUAGGAAAUGAUGAUGGGUGUAAGUUUGAGGUGAGAGUGUAAGAUAACUUUUGAAACAUCUGUUUUCCUUUUUUUAAAGAGUAUUUUCUGUGUUUUGUGUUUUUCAGAAAGGAUUUGGCAGACAGGACUUUGCAGAUGCUACUUUCUAAGUUGACAGCAAGUUGCCUAAUACGUGAUCCCAGCUUUGACCUCAGGAUCAUGGCUGCUGUGAGAGGAAGAAGUAACAAAGGCAUUCAAGGCUUAUGUAACUGUGAUGGACAAAGAGGGGAAAGAUCAAAACUAACCAAACAGUAGACAAUUGUUUUCUCCUCAGUUCCUCUUAUGUAGGUCAGUGCCUUACAUAGACAACUCAACGUUAACAUUCAUAUGCUUGUGUAUCUAUAAUUCACUGUAAUAGGGACAGACUUCACUAUCUUACCUGAGUUGAUUUUAUGUUUAAAUCAAAGUUAAUCAAAUAAAGGCUCAGUAUUACAAUAGAAGAAAGCAGAAACUAGUUAAGAAUAGAAUAGUUCUAAGACCUGCAGAUCUGAACUAGUCUGGUUUAUGUACUCAGAUCUACUACCUAACAGGAAAUGCCAAAAGUAUUAUGAACACUACAGAAACUUUAUAAAUGAAUGAAACUUUAUGAAUGUGCCACUUCUUAACUUUUGAAGAUUAACAGCUUAUUGAAUGUUUUUUCAACAGUAUUCUGCGUUUUUAAACUGUUUUUGUAUUAAAAAGUUUAGAUAUGUUAGUUUCAAAAACAGUGAACGCUAAUAUGUACCUGUGUUUGUUGUCUGUUGUGUAAAAAUGGAUCAACAUGAUCCCUGGACUUCUAAGGCAUCAAACAUGUUUGACUACAUCUUUGUGCUCAUGUUUUUGCAGUCAUAAACCUGUGUUAACACUCGAAUAUACUCCUGAGUUUACACCUGUAUUCACACUCGAAUUUUUUCUUAGAUUUUCUCAUUUUUGUCAAUCUUUUCUGUGACUCUACUAAGAUAAUAAAUCCUCUAACACCAGGACCUGAGUGGACUGACAUCCUUGAUAAGUUGUUUAACUUUAACCUGUGAGUUUAGUCCCUUUAGUUUUUCAUGAAUCUAUGACUUGUAUAACUGUAAAAUGUGUCAAACUGAUCCCUUUUUAUAUCAUAGUAAUAAGAAAGUAAUAUCAAGAUAGUGCACCAUAACUUUAUUUUUUUCAAUUUUACCUGACGUAGCAUGUUUGACACAUUAUUUGAUG